UAUCACAAUGGGCGAGUCAACAGAGGUUCGGACAGAUGGCAAUUCUCUGCUGAAGGCUGUGUAUUUGUGUCGUCUGCGUCUGACUCGGCUGCUCUUGGAAGGAGGGGCCUACAUAAAUGAGAGUAAUGAACAGGGGGAGACACCACUUAUGGUGGCUUGCAAGACACGACAUACAGAUUCACAGAGUGUACCCAAACACAAGAUGGUUCGGUAUCUUCUGGGAAAUGGUGCUGAUCCAAACAUCCAAGAUAAGACUGGGAAAACCGCUCUGAUGCAUGCAUGUCUUGAACAAGCUGGAGCUGAAAUUCUGUCUCUCUUGCUGAGUCAUGGAGCUGAUCCAACUCUGGAAGAUCGUGCAGGCCUAUCAGCAUUGGUUUAUGCAGUCAAUUCAGGUAACAGAAGUGUCCUUGGGGUCCUCCUGGAUGCCUGCAAAGCAAAGGGUAAGGAGGUUAUCAUCAUCACGACCAACAAACUGCCGUCUGGCCAUCAGAUGACAAAGCAAUAUCUCAAUGUCCCUCCGCCUCCAGACCUCGAGGAGCGCAUGCAUUACACCCCAGCAUCUUGUUACUUGUCUCCAUAUUAUGAGAUGCCACUACGAACUCCUUCACAGGGCUUCACAGCAAGUGCUUCUUCCCAACCCAGUAGCCCCCAUCUUGGCUUAAGGGAAGCCCAGUGUUUAGGGUCAGGGCCUGGCCUCGUCACAUCUCGACCAGGCUCUCCGAUUCAACAUCCUAGUCCUUUGCAUAUUCCUGGUGUGGAUAAGCGGCUUAAUCUCCAAAGGAUACACUCAGAGCAGUGGUCCAAAAGUCCCUCCCUGCUGCUCCAGCAGAGCCAGACGUCGUCUCUGACAGAAGAGCCAGCAGAAAUUCUACCUGAGGAGGAGUUGUCCUUCAGAGUCAAUGGCCUAGGAUUCCACGGAAGACCUCCUGCCCUUUCACGCCACCAUAGCAUGGAUGUCAAAGAUGCAUCAGGGCUUCUGAAAGCACUGGAGAACAUGUCAGGAAAUGAGAAAAGGGGAGGAGGUGGAAAAAGAGGCUUUGGUAGGAAGAUGUCAUAUGACAGCGCUGCAAGUUCGCUGCAUUUUACUUCACACCCAAACUUGCAUCAAGACAGUUUCCCCUUUCCCCACGAAUCCAGCCGUGUGGAUGAAGACUGUCUCAGACAAUUGAAUGUUUCCAGUCUGCAAAACGUGGUCCGUCGGCGAAACAUUGGCAUUGACCACUACAGUUCUGACUCUCAGUUACCGCAGUUUGGCAGCCGAGACAAUAGCUCCAAGAACUGGGGUGGAGCUGGAGUGGGACCUGAAAAGCACAAGCUGGUCAACAGCAGAUCCUCCACUCUGUCAGGAUCCAGGGAGUCCUUGGAGAGUACUGUCCAGAGACGAAGUGCUGCCGGGCUGGAGCGAAGAGGCUCAGGGGCCCUUCUUCUGGAUCACAUCGCCCACACUCGCCCUGGAUACCUCCCUCCUUUGAAUCCCCAUGCUCCUAUACCAGAUAUUGGCGUCAGCUCUAGCUCUUCCUACCCAUUGAGUGGAAGCAGCAAGACACUGAAUGGUGUUCUCACAGGAUCAAAGCCAAUUCUACCCUGUGCUCCUGUUUUUCCUAGGGAUCUAAAAGCCAAGAAAAUGCUGUGGAGACGCCACUCGAUGCAGAGUGAGCAGAUAAAACAGCUUGCCAACUUCGAAGAAACUUUUGGCCACUAG